AUUCAUUAGAUCAGUCUGAUAUGAGAUAUAUUGAACAGGUUCCAUCUGACGUCUGUUACUGGGUUGUUCUGUCCACUCCCAAAGGAGUGAAUCAUAUUGACAGGUUGAAUUAUAUCUCAAGAUAUUUUUCUCCCCUCCUCCAAAGGCCAUUUGCAAUCACAGCACAUCCACUGCCUCUUAAAAGUGAGCUCAUCUGGCUCUGGGUUGCAUUGAAGUCCUCCACCGUGCCUGAAGGAAGAAUGCUUUUGGGUGGUGGGAACCUGGAGAAGAUGUGGUCUGUCCAGCUGUCCCUUGGAGUGCUAACCGUCUUGACCAUGACUGUGUAUGUCCCAUCUACACAUGGAGAGCCUUUUCUACUACAAGAGAACCGAGUGCUUCCAGAGAGAGGAGACACAAAUCAUGAGGACACCCUGCUGACUCUGCUGCUUAAUAAGAAGCUUGCAUGGCGGAGACCAGAAAAUAUCGACUGGGAGCUGGCAAAAAAAUUUGAAGAGCUUGAACAGCUGGAGAAGUUGAAGGAUCAGCUCUCAACUGAGGAAGGGUCAGAGGUUGCCUAUGCCCUGGAAAGUCUCUCAGCAACCCAGCCCAAAAAACGCGCUUGCUUUUGGAAAUACUGCAUCUGAAGGCUCGCCAGAACUGAAAGAUGAAGAUGAGCCCUUUCCCAAACUACCUUGCUGGGUAUUAAUGUGUUAAGAGUUUGUUCUGUUCUCUCAUCGUGCUGCUAGCUCACAUGCCAUCCUCCAUGAACACACCGCAGCCACGUCUGACAGGGACCACGACGGGAGCUGGUAGCCCACUACCGCUAUCCCCUGUGCCUUCCUUCCAGGUUUAACCUACCAUGACCUUUUACUUGGAAGACACUUCCCAACUUGCCUUGCUGUCCUGUGUGCCAUUCAGCCUGCUGCCACUGUACACUCUUCCCCUUCUCACCAUCCUCAAAGACACCAAACACUAACUCAAUUCCCCUCAGCUUGGGCCUCUGCCCACAUCUACAGAUGUUGCUCAUGGUGGUGUCUGGGUUUUCUAUUGCCUCCUACGAGCAGGUCUGUGAUGACCAAACACUUGCUGUUGGGACAGGAGGGCAGACUGGGUGUAAUGUGAAGGGCUCAGGGAUGUCUGCCUCAGCUUGCUGAGCCAGAGCUGUUCCUCCUCGUGUCCCAUCAGCGUACACAGUAGGUUUGGGGGAGGGCAAGCAUGGAAGUCUGGAUCCUUUGGAUAUCAUUCCAAUAAAGAUUUUCUGUUGCACAGAAGCACAUGCUGUUUUCUUUCUCACCUCUUGCAGAGGUCCAAGGGGCAGGACAUUUCCCAUGAUGUAGGCUCCUUUUACCUUAAUGGUUCAUGUGAAGUUUACAAGAGAAAAAAGGCUCCCAUUAAACAGCUAGCUGUGGCAACACAGCCCUGUUUUAAUGUGCCUGAGGAAGAGGCUCUUCCUUUUAACCCCAACUGGGAAUGAGAGUUGGCUCUUCCUUGGGGAUGUGUGUGGGCUGCUAUCCUCAUAGGACUGGACCAGACCCACUGAUUUCUGCCUACUCACCACAAAGAGAUGUUUUGACAAGAGAUUUGUGGCUUAUCUGGCUGCUCAGUGCAGAUGCUAGCUGGCUUUUUCUACUGCAAAAUUAUGUCUGCACCUGUCCAAAACGAACAGAUCACAGUCCCUCAGUGGUUCCUAUGCAUAUUCAUCUUAAGUCACAUUAUCUACAUUUAUUAAUACUUGCAAAAACAAUGGACCAUGCUCCCAAAGGUGUAAAUACAGAAUAAAUCUUAAAGCCACUGACGUUAACUUUCAGGUUUCCAGUGGUGUAAAUGAGAGCAGAAUCUGGUAGCCACUGUGAGUGUGUGGACUGUUUCUGGCUAGAAUUAAAGUCUCUCCAGCCAUGUUGAGCCAUGCUAUUUAACUGUAGCUUGCAUACUACAUAUUCUUCCAAGCUUUACCUCUCCCAAAACUGUAAUUAGCAUGUUACAUUCAUUGCCUUGGGCUCUGGCAAGAUAUGCACACUUACCACAGCAGUACCUUGUGUGUAUUUCAUUAAUGGGAGAUCUAUUCAUCUUAUUACAAACCAAAGCAUCUAUGGAAUAAAACCAGCUUGAUUAUA